AUGCCUCUUAUUUGUAAAGUGAAUCAAACCAAGCCGACUGUUCAACUGGCCUCUGUUCUUCCUGCGACGGUGUCGACUGCUACAAAUGUUUAUAGUUCUUCUUCUGGGUUAGGAAGUCAAGUUCCUAUUGAUUCUACAAUUGAUCGAAACACGAAAACACUUGUUAUUAAUCCUCAACCUUCUUUAAUUCCUCAAGCCAUUUUGGAAUCUCAUGAAUCCUCGAUGGAUCGAAGUCUGCCUAAAUCUCAAAUCUCUGCUCCUGAGAAAGGAAUUCAGAUCCCAGUUGUUAUUUCGAAUACUCAAAAUCUCUCUGGUCUUCAUGUUCUUGCUUCUAAUAUUGUUUUUGGUUCUGUAAAUUCCAUGAACUCUUCCAAACCUGCUAAGAGGCAUGGUUUAUCAGAUUCCCUGAUUUUAGUGGAGUCUGAUUCUCAAACUUUAGUUCAAAUGGUGAAAGGAAUAGCUGCAGUUCCAUGGAAAUUGCAAUAUUUGUUAAAGAGGAUUAAUUUGUUGUUUGGAAUGAUGAAUUUGCAAAUAUCACAUAUUUACAGAGAAGCUAAUGGAAUUGCUGAUUUCUUAGCUUCUUUUGCUGUUCAGACAAAGAAAUACACUGAAUUCUCUGACAGUAAUAUAUUGCCAGUUGCUGGAAGGCUUAUUCAGAGGCAAGAUCAGACUGGUUUACCUAAUAUCAGAUUGAAAAGGAUACUUUGUGGUCAAAGGCAGGGAAUAGAUCCUUUGGGAGGGAAUAACACCAUCUCUAUGCCUCUUAUUUCUCAAGUGAAUCAAACUAAGCCGACUGUUCGUCUGGCCUCUGUUCUUCCUGCGAAUGUAUCGACUGCUGUAAAUGAUCAGAGUUCUUCAUCUGGGUUAGGAUAUCAUGUUCCUAUUGAAUCUGUUAUUGAUCGAAACACACAGAGAAUGCUUAUGAAUCCUCCACCGUCUCUAAUCCCCCAAUCCAUUCCUUUGGAAAAUCUUGAAUCCUCGAUGGAUCGAAAUCUGAACAAAUCUCAAAUCCCUGCUUCUGAUAAAGAUACUCAGAUUCCAAUAGUCAUUUCGAAUUCUCAAAUUCCUUCAGUUAAAUCAGAACAGUACACUGAGUUUUCUGCAAAUAAUUUUCUGCCAUCCAUUGGAAGACUGAUAUUGCAACAAGAUUUAUAUGGCUUUCCCUCUGCCAGAUUGAAGAGUUUGAUAUGUGAUCAAAGAGAAGAAUCAAGAGCAGUUCUUCAGUUUCUGUUGGAUGCUCCUUUUCCAAUCUGCCUGGACUAUCUUCUGGACUUCUUUUGUGAGCUUUUGAGUGUGGAUGACCAGAUUAUUAAGGGGCUGAGACUUAUUAUUUGGGACAGACUGUUGGUCUUCCCUGUCUCUUCCUGGACUGUAUCUGAGGCUGUCUUCUGUGGCUUAAGGCGUUUGUUCAGGAUUGUUUCAGCAGGAUGGAAAGAAGACACUACAAAGGGAUUAUAUUUUUGA